CAGCGAUUUUAAGUCACUGUGAGUCCCUGUCAAAACUGGAUUCUAAUGCUUCUGUCUCGCCUACUCCGCGCAUCCUCGUUGCUUCCGUGAUGUUCCUUUGAGGGGCCAUCAAGUUACAGCCUAGAGUGCGCUCACAAAGUCUAGCACGAGGGAGCAAGCGAGUUGUAGGUACGUGACGCAAAUUACUUAAGACGGGAUUCUUACGUAUCAGAAUACUCCAUGAAUAAUUAUAUAAUGAAAAACUAUUCUAAAGGUUAUUUUUUAGUUGCUUGACUGAGAAAACAAUUUCUAUAAAUGACGUUUUAAUGACAUUAGGCUUUUGGAACAACUGGAAUAUGUACACCUGACAUCUCGACACUGAAGUUAACCUGCUGUUCUGAGGACGUUACAGAGAAGUCGGCUGCUUUAUAUUUGGGGAAAACACUGUACAUAAUUAAACAGCUGAUUAUAAGGGAAACGAUCUUGAAUAGAGAAGGUGUUAUUUCACUUAAGGGAUUUCUCAGUUAACUGUCCCUGAGGGAUAGAGACUGUAGACGGAUGAAUGUUUGAGCCAUUGCCGACCCCCGCCGCUUCCACGGGCCGGAGGGAACCGUACAUGGAGUUUUUAAUUGGGACACAUUAGGAUGGAUGAAACGGUGGUUGAUGAAACGGAAGCCUUGCAGAGAUUUUUUGAAGGUCAUGAUAUUAACAGCUCUUUGGAGCCAGCAAACAUUGACACCAGUAUACUGGAGGAGUAUAUCAGCAAAGAGGACGACAGCACAGACAUCUGUUUUUCAGAGGUCCAUAGCGCUCCGGGGCCUAACUACUCCUCCCCCCAGCCCAGCUCGUCCUCAUCUGGGGGGGUGGUGUGUGGUGUGAGCCCCCCCAUUCCACACCGCCAGGGUGCUGCCCAGUCCCUGCCCCCACCCUGUCAGAACCCCUACCCUCCACCACCGCUGCUCAGCCUUCUCAGGCACAACCACCCGUGCCUGGGCCAGCAGAGCCAGGGCCCUCCGCAUCAUCAACAGGUCCCACAGCCUCACAUCAAGCAAGAGCACUGCGGUCACUACGCCCCUGGAACAUUACCAGAGUCUCCACCUGACUCUAGUUCCGAACCCUACUCCCCCCAACAAGUGAAUGACUCACACAUGCUCCGAACAAUGACACCUGAGAAUAUGUGUCACAUGACCAGCCCGCCACCCCUGCCCCCUCAUGGGCACUAUACCAGCAUGCAUAGGGACAUGUACCUGAAACCAGAGCCCAUGAUCUCACAGUACCCAGUUGGUCCAGCCAGCAGCGGGGGUGGAGACAUGACACAGAGUCAGAUGCUCCAUCAGCUGUUACAGCACCCACAAGAUGGUAUUCCUGUUCAUCAAGCAAAGAAGAGGAAGCACUCAGAUUCUCCUAAUAGCAGUCUAAAUGCUCAAAUACUCAGUGGAAUUAUUAAACAAGAGCCAGGUUUGAUGCAAGAUGCUGAGAGCUCAUAUUUGGACCCAAAUUACCAGUGUAUAAAAUGGCAGCCACACCAGCAGAACAAAUGGACCCCAUUAUACGAUGCUAGUGGCAAAGAAAUCCCCAUGCCCACUUACAGGGUGGAUGCUGACAAGGGCUUUAAUUUCUCUUUGGCGGAUGAUGCAUUCGUGUGUCAAAAAAAGAACCACUUCCAGGUCACUGUGUACAUUGGCAUGCUGGGAGAUCCCAAAUACGUGAAGACUAGUGAGGGGCUGCAACCAAUUGAGUGCUUCUACCUGAAACUGAAUGGAGUAAAGUUGGAAGCCAUGAAUCAGACCAUCAAUGUGGAACAGUCCCAGUCUGACCGUAGCAAGAGACCCUUUAAACCAGUACUGGUGACACUACCCCCAGAACAGGUUACCAAGGUUACCGUGGGUCGACUGCACUUCAGCGAAACCACAGCCAAUAAUAUGAGGAAGAAGGGCAAGCCAAACCCUGACCAGAGGUACUUCAUGCUGGUGGUGGCUCUCCAGGCACAGUCCCACAGUCAGAGCUUCACAAUAGCAGCCCAGGUGUCUGAGAGGAUCAUCGUCAGGGUAACAUCCGCAUCUAACCCCGGUCAGUUUGAGAGCGACAGUGAGGUGUUGUGGCAGAGGGGUCAAUUGCCAGACUCAGUCUACCACCACGGACGAGUCGGCAUCAACACUGACCGACCCGAUGAAGCUCUGGUAGUUCAUGGCAACCUCAAGGUCAUGGGCGCCCUUGUACACCCCUCAGAUAUCCGUGCUAAGGAGAAUGUAAAAGAGGUGGACACUACAGAUAACCUAAAGCGGAUCUCUCAAAUGCGGUUGGUGCAUUACCAGUACAAGCCUGAGUUUGCUGCCACCGUGGGCAUUGAUAACACUGCAGAGACAGGAGUGAUAGCCCAGGAGGUUCAGCAGAUUCUUCCUGAAGCUGUGAAGGAAGGUGGAGAUAUAGUGUGUGCCAACGGAGAGACCAUCCCUAAUUUGCUGGUAGUCAACAAGGAUCGUAUCUUUAUGGAAAAUGUGGGCGCAGUGAAAGAGUUGUGUAAAUUGACUGAUAAUCUGGAGACUCGAAUCGAUGAGCUUGAACGGUGGAGUCGCAAACUUGCUAAACUACGUCGUCUUGACAGCAUGAAAAGUACUGUCAGUGGGGGCACAGUCAGCCAAUCAGGAAGCCAGUUUAGCAGAACAGGAAGUGGUCCACUUAAGAAGAAAGUGGUCAAGUCAGGAAGUAAGAGUGUGAGUCCAGAACAGGGCUGCUUGAGUCACAGGUUCCUGCAGGGCAGUGUCCUCGCCCUGGUCAUCAUCAUGGCCUUCAGUGUCAUCUCGAUGUCUGUACUAUACGUGCUAAACAUGCAUCAGCAUGGAAACAUAGCUGAGGUUGAAGGUUCUGUGUCCUCGUGUGUUCUCUUCAUCUCCUGGAUGCCCUUACUUACUGCCACUGUCACUUUCUGUCCAUCCAUCUGUCCAUGGUCAAGCUCUGCUCUCGACUCAUCUCGUAAGACUGUCUAUUCCUCUCCCAAAGCAUCUGUCUCCACUCUCUCCUCAGACACAAAAUCCACCUCUCCAACUAUGCUUGUUCAUCCAGCUUGCUGCCCUCCGACAACUGCCAGGACCAACCAAUCAGCUACUGUUAGUCUUUUGUCUGGUACCAACCAAUCCCCAUCAGUGGUCUCCAGUAGUCCUACUCCCACCCUGGCCAGUGUAAAUAAGAAGGCAAAGUCUCGGCCACUGGAUAAGGACAGCAGGAGCAGGAACCGGCUGAGCGAUACCUCAGCCCCUCUAUUCCUCAACAAAGCCAAAAAAACCCCUCAGCCCCCAGACGGAGACCCGACCAACCGCCUGCCUGAGAGCCAGCAGCCACUGCCCCGCCGGCAACGCCACAUACACACAGAAGGUGGAAAUUUCCAGCCACCUCUGAUGGAACUUUACAUUCUUGAGACUAAUCAGGAGUUGAAGACAUUGAAAUGUGCCACAACAGAGAGAUGCAGCUACACAAUAUUUCUGCAUGAAAAUAAAAAUUCAUCCAUAUCCCACAUCACUCUAUACAUGAGAUCUUCUGAAGUUGUGUGGGUGUGGCAGUGUAGUAUCACUAGAGGGCGCUUAUGUCCAAACCACACAGAGCCUGAACUAGAUGAGGCCAAGAACACCUUCACAAAGGGGACAAGUCACUUGUGGUCAGUUCCAGUGGCAUCAUUUAAAGGUGUUGCCUACCAUUUCCGGGUGUCACUUUUUGGUGACACAAGCUGCUCUGACUCUGGUGAACAGGAUAUACAGGACACUAUGCAGUUCUCUGAUUACUAUAUCAUCAUUCAAAGCAGAUGUACCUGAUGAGGACCAAAUUAGCAAAUGCCAAGCCUCUUAAUUUUCUAUACACCAUUUGAACCCAAUAUAAAAUUUUAAUAUCCACACCUUUUUAGCAUCAUUUGUGAUUUUGUGAGACUAAAAGUGGCAAAAUAGUGAAUCAUCUUUGAAGCCCUGUUAAAUACAUGGUUUGUGGUCCAAACCCCAACUCUGCCAAGUUGCCACCAUUGGGCCCCUGAGCAAAGCCCUUAACCCUCAAUUGCUCAAGUUGUACUCAGUCAUAAUUGUAAGUCGCUUUGGAUAAAAGCGUCAGCUAAAUGCCAUAAAUGUAAAAAUGUAAUGUAAAUGUGAGAGAAGUAAUGGAAAUUCCAGUGUCAAAAUAGACUUGUCUUUUAGCCUACAAGAUUACGCACCCCAUGACCACCUGCAAAACAAACACACGCACACACGCACACACACACACACACACACACACACACACACACACACACACACACACACACACACAGCUUCUAUGUGUCUGUGUAUAUGAGUUUAUGUACUUUUUUCUUGUCUUUCACAAUUAUUGUCAUGAGGCUAAUUGCCAAUUUGUAUGAACUUGUAUCCUGCAGGAAGAUAUUGAAGAUAUUGACUUGUCUGUUGCUAGGACAACCUGCACUGGAAGGGAAUGAGAUACCCCCUGCUCAUAAACACAUUUUUUAUCUUGUUAUGCUUGGAAAUAAGAAAAUUAUGGGCAGCGUUAUUUUUGGAUGAAAUCAUCCUUUAUUACCUUCCCUGAACACUAUGUCAGGCUUUAUACUAUGUCUAUACUAUAUACUGUGCUCUAGAACACUAUAUCAGGCUGAUUUCUUCCCACAAACCUUCCCAUCUAUACAUUCAGACAUCUGGAAAUACUAAGAAUUUUAUUAUUAUUAUUAUUAUUAGUAGUAGUAGUAGUAGUCUGAGCCACUGAAGCCAUACUGUCAUAGCAUCUCAAAAAACAGCCACUGGACCUUAAUGAAACCACUGGAUUUGACAAGACACUGGAACCUACUAAAUGGACACACUGGAACAAUUGUCAGAUGCAGUCUAACUCUGUCAAAACACUGGAUUAUAAUGGCAUCUAAAAAUACUUUAAUAAUGACAUUUUUCCUUGUUAAAAUGAGCACGGUUGCUUCAAAACUAUUUUCCACUGCGAUUCAAAAUAGCAUUCAUAUUUAGCUUUCUGAAUUAACAAAAUAUGCCUAGUUUUGCCCAUGUAAAUGUAUAAAAUAUUUGUUUUGUCUUUACUAUAUUUGUAAGGAUUCUUUAUAAACAUUGGUUUAUGCGUACACACUUGUAUAGACAUAAUCAUGUCCUGCCACAUUUUCCGAAGAACAAUUAAUUCCUUUUAUUAGUAUUCAUUAGUCUUUUCAGGAAAGAAACAUUUACGUAGUCUGUAUAAACAUUGAAAUCAUCUCCCACUCCUAUGAAAACAUUGUUUUCCCCGAAACAGCAUCUAGUGUCAGUCUUUUGUUCUUUUUCAUGUAUACUAUUCACAUUAAUGUAUAAAUAACAGAAAUAAUACAGAUUCUUAAGAUAUUUAUGCAGUAUUUCAAAGCAAUAAAAUGUGACAUAGCAGACUGUGGAAGGAUAAGUGUGAAAUAAGUAGCCUACGGUGAAGCAUUAAAUUACAUUUGCUGAAUGGCCACAAUGAAAUCUAACUAUGAAUCUGUAUGACCUAAAACUUUUUUUUGUAACUAUUUGUAAUUUGGCUGAUUCAGUGAAUGCACUAAACCAACAGUAUGUCAACUGAGUUAAGAAACAGGACGAGAGUGAGAGUAAUGAAUGAAAUAGGAAUGAAAGUGAAUUAAAUGGAAUGUGAGAGUGAUGUUGAUUAUUGAUAAAAAAAAAAAAAAAAAAACUAAAUUGGUUCACAAUGUUUUUGCUUAUACUGUAGGUAGUAGCAGCCUUUAUUAUCCAGUGGCCUUUACUGGAAAAUGACAUGGGCAGCUCCAGACUAUGCACUGUAAAUAAUAUUAUUUUCUAAUGUUUUCUCAUGACAUUGAACUGCUUUUAAUGCUUUGGUGAGAAUGCAGUGUGAUUUUAUUGUAUUUUAUCAUAAUUUUAUAGUAAUCAGUAUUCAUUAUAUUUGUUGGGUUUUUUUUUUCCUCUUUUGGUCUCAAUACUUUUAAUGUUGUAUUGGUAUGUAACUUUAAUUCUAUAACUUUAGUUAUAGAUGAAUUUGUCUUCAUUAAUUAUAACUAAGUUUUUUCAUAACAGAUUUCAAUUAUGCAAAACUAUACUCCUUUUUAAUUGUUGGUAUUUCAUGAUUAGGAUAAUCAAAACAAAUCACAUUUUUAUAUUUCAUUUUAGAUCUUAUCCUGUUCAAGUCUUUGGCUUAAAGCACAGUGUGCACUAAAGUUUGAAACAACAUACUUAAACAUUUCUUACUCAUUCACAUGGCCCUUUGAAAUUUUAAUACUUUUCUUUUGUCACCAUUUCAAGACAACCUUUGUCUUCUUAUUAUGAAAGUGUACUGACCUUUAUAAUAUGAAUGCACAACAAUUUGAUGAUUAAAUUUCUGAAAGCUGAAAAGAUA